AUGGACGCGGCGCGCGAGCGGGCGCGCGGGGACGAAGGUGAGACGACGGCGGCGGCGGCGUUUCGCGUCAAGGCGCGACGCGUCGAGGGCGCGGACGUAGGGCCGGUGGUUUUAGAGGAUGAAAACGCGACGGUGGCGGAUUUGAAACGCGCGCUGUGGGACGCGCCGUGGUUGGCGCGCGAGACGUCGGAUGGGGCGAUCGGGGACGGGGACGAGGCGACGUCGCCCAAGCCGGCGUCGCCGGCGUACCUGCGCGUGGUGCUCGACGGGAAAAUUUUAGAGCCGGACUCGAAGGCGUUGAAGUGGUGCGGAUUCGUGAGUGGCGAGGUACGCAUCGCGCAUCUCAUCGUCAGCGAGAAUGCGUCGACGCGGGGCGAGACGCGGAAGCGGGCGUCGGAGGCAAACAAGGACGCGUCGGCGACGCAACCGACGUGUUGCUCCGUCAUGUGA